AUGGUGGAUCCUGGGAGUAACCAGUACGUGGUUGCCCGACCAGUUUAUUCCGAUCUAUCCUUUGACGAAGAACACCAGAAGGUCCACAGGCACCAUAAAACCUUGGCGGAUCAUCUCAGAUUAUGCUUUAGGUGUACUCCACAAAGAGUCAAAAAUGCUGCUCUUCACUUGUUCCCGGUGGCUUCCUGGUUACCUGCAUAUCAGAUCAAGAAUUGGCUUCUUAGCGACAUCGUUUCGGGGAUUAGCACAGGAUUGGUCGCCAUCUUACAAGGCUUAGCAUUUGCUUUGUUGGCAAACGUCCCUCCGAGUUAUGGACUCUACGCAGCCUUUUUUCCCGUGGUUGUAUAUUUCUUCUUUGGCACUUCCAGACAUAUAUCGGUCGGACCUUUCCCCAUCCUGAGUCUGAUGGUGGGAGGAGCAGUUAUCAGCAUGGUCCCGGAUGAACCUGGGAACACCAGCGAAGCAACGAACAAUUCAUCGCUAAACCAGGAGAGGGUCAUGGUGGCCGUAUCCGUCACUGUUUUGGCAGGCAUUUUUCAGUUAGUCCUGGGUGCUUUACGCUUCGGCUUCAUCGUCAUCUAUUUAUCUCAGCCAUUAAUCAGUGGAUUUACUACAGCUGCUGCAAUACACGUUUUUGUGUCUCAGCUGAAGUUCAUUUUUCAACUACCGGUGGAGCCGUUUAAUACACCACUGGGACUCAUUUGGACCCUGAAAAGUAUAUUUGAGCAAAUCACCGAUGCCAACAUCGCGGAUUUAGUCACCGCGCUCAUUAUCUUAGUUGUUGUGAGUGUGGUCAAGGAACUCAACGACCGUUACAAAGCCAAACUCCCGGUACCGAUUCCUAUUGAAGUCAUUGUGACAGUCAUAGCAGCUGGACUAUCUUACGGCUUUAAUUUCAAAGAAAUAUUCGAGGUAGAUACUGUUGGAACAUUAGAUAUCGGAUUUCAAGCUCCAGUGGCUCCCGAUCUCAAGUACUUUGAACGUUGCCUGGGAGACAGUAUCUCUAUCGCCAUUGUCGGCUUCGCUGUUGCCUUUUCAGUCGCGAAGGUUUAUUCCAUUAAGCAUGAUUACCCCAUCGAUGCCAACCAGGAAUUGGUUGCCUUUGGGAUCAGCAACAUCUUUGGAGGGGUGUUCAAAGGAUUUGCGGCAAGCACUUCGCUCUCUAGGUCUGGAGUGCAGGAAAGCACUGGAGGGAAGACGCAGGUCGCUGGACUCCUCUCAGCUGUCAUUGUCAUGAUUGCUAUCUUAGCCAUUGGAUAUCUCUUGGAACCACUGCAAAAGUCGGUCCUUGCAGCUUUGGUCCUGGGAAAUUUGAAAGGCAUGUUGAUGCAGUUCAAAGAGAUUGGAGUUUUGUGGGAAAAGGACAAGUGUGAUUGUAUUGUCUGGAUUGUGACUUUCCUCACUGCCCUUCUACUGGGAUUGGAUCUUGGCUUAGCUGCCGGCCUUGGAUUUGAGCUUCUAACGGUUGUAUUCCGGGUUCAGUUUCCAAAAUGCACCCUUUUGGCUAACAUUGGAAGGAACGACAUCUACAGAAACAGAAAAGACUACUCAGAUAUAUAUGAGCCAGAAGGAGUAAAAAUUUUCAGGUGCCCAUCUCCAAUCUUCUUUGCCAAUGUUGAUUUCUUCAAGGAAAAAUUGACGGCUGCGGUUGGUUUUAAACCGUUGAGAGUGUUACAAAAACGCAACAAAGCUCUCAGGAAAAUGAAGAAGAUGUUAAAGAAAGGGAAGCUUCAAGAAACGCCAAAAGGUUUUCUCUGUACCGUCACUAGUGUGACCGAUUCAGAGGAAGAGCUGGACAACAACAGGAUUGAAGAACUGAAUCAACCCAUCGAUACCAAGGAUUUUCCAAUUCAGAUUGACUGGAAUGCAAGCCUGCCUCCCAGCAUCAACGUUCCAAGAAUUGACGUCCAUAGCGUCAUUCUUGAUUUCUCAGCAGUAUCGUUUCUUGAUGUUUCAGCCAUGAGGAUCAUCGGAGAGACCUUGAGAGAAUUCAUCCGGGUUGACGUUGAAGUCUAUAUUGUGGGCGCAUAUGAUGGUCUCCUGGAGAAGCUACAGAGAUGUGGAUUUUUCGAUGAGGAAAUUAAGCCGUCCAUAUUUUUUCUGACCAUUCACGACGCCAUUUUAUAUAUUUUGAUGAAGAAGGAUGCGAUCAUCCACUCAUCAAAACUCAAAGCCAUUACGGAUAAUCAAAACAACAAUCACUAUAUAAUUAACACGAGUGGAGGAUUGCGGAGUCGGGACCCAAUGACUUAG